UUAAUGGCAUUGUCAAUGUCAAAUUCAAAUGUUAAAAUUAUGUUUAUUUUGUUUAUGUUGUAAGUAUUUUUAAAGUAAUCAUAUGCGAAUUAGUUUCUUUAGGUAAAUGUGAUAUUAUGUAGUAAAAUAGUAAGUUAAAAAUGAACUGUGACAAAAAUCUUGACGUUGUUUCUACAUGUAAUACAUCAACUCCGAAAAGGCGGCGACUGGGAACUAGAAGAAUUUUAAGCGAAGUGAAUAACAAAAAUGAUUUAUUUACGAACUUUGUCAGACCUCAAUUAAGUACCAAAGGUCUAGUUACACCAGAUUGUUGUGAUUCACCUCCGUUGCCUUGCAAUCAAGUAGAAUAUUUAAGUGAUUCGGGAAAUAAUACUAGCGACGACAUAAAUUGCCUACCGGAUAUUACGGAAUCAUGUUUUAGUGAAUAUGUUGAAAGUUUUACAUCUCUUUCAAAUAAUGAAAUAAAUAAAAAAAGUCCAAAUCUAGUUAAAGAAAUAGAUAAUGGAUCCAAAGACAUGUUUACAUCGAAAUUAGAAGACGAAGUUAGUCCAAGUAAAUGUAAUGAAGACAUAUUAGAGAAACAUUUCAGAGAUGAAAUCAACGAAGGUUUUGAAGCAAUCAAUCAAUCAAUUAGUGUUAUUAAAGAUAUAGACAACUUUUAUGAAACAAAAGACUCUUUUCUAUUGGAUAUUCCUGAUAAUUUUACACAAACAGAACCAAAUGAUAAAUUAAAAAAUAAUGAAGCUAUUAAAGAACAUUUUUAUCAGUUACCUAUGAUAGUGAAAGGUUUAUUUAAAACAUAUAGAAAUAUAGAAAAGUUAUAUGAUUGGCAGGAGGAAUGUCUAAACUUAGAUGCCAUUCAGAAUCGGAACAAUUUGAUUUAUGCAUUGCCAACGAGUGGAGGCAAAACACUUGUAGCGGAAAUACUAAUGCUACGUGAAGUUAUUAAUAGGAAACAGAAUGUGCUAUUUAUUUUGCCGUUUGUUGCUAUUGUACAAGAAAAGAUAUGGUCUUUAUCACCGUUUGCGCUGCAAUUAAAUUUUUUAGUAGAGGAAUAUGCGGCAGGUAAGGGACACAUACCGCCUAAGAAACGCAGAACAAAGAACAGUAUUUACAUCGCCACUAUUGAGAAAGGCUUAGCUUUAGUUAGAAGUCUCAUAGAGUUGGACAGAUUGCACGAAAUUGGUCUAAUAGUGGUGGAUGAACUCCAUCUGAUAGGCGAGGAAGGUCGCGGCGCAACACUGGAGUCUUUAUUGACGAUUGUUAAGUUUGCUAAUCGCAACAUCCAAAUAGUAGGUAUGAGUGCAACCAUAGGCAACUUGGAAGAGGUAGCGGAGUUUCUGAAUGCUGAAGUGUAUCAGCGGGAAUUCAGACCUGUGGAGCUGACGGAGUAUGUGAAGAUAGGAGACAUGCUGCACAGGAUCGUGUGGGGACCAGCCGGCAUGGAGACUGUGCCGGAGAGACAACUUAAUUAUGAUUACACGAGCGCGGCGGCGCGGCUGGACCCGGACCGGCUGGGCGGGCUGGUGGCGGAGGUGGUGCCCGCCGCCGGCUGCCUCAUCUUCUGCCCCACGCAGCAGAACGCGCAGAGCGUGGCCAUGCUGCUCUGCAAGAUGCAGAGGAAGCUGGCCCGCGCGCUGAGUGCGGAGGGCGCGGGCGCGCUGGCGGCGGCGGCGCGCUGCGGCGUGGCCUUCCACCACGCAGGACUCUCCAGCGACGAGAGGAGUCUACUCGAAAACGCUUUCAGGAGCGGCGUGGUGUCGGUGCUGUGCUGCACGUCCACGCUGGCGGCGGGCGUGAACCUGCCGGCGCGGCGCGUGGUGGUGCGCGCGCCGCGCCUGGCCCGCGCGCCGCUCGCGCUGCCCGCCUACCGCCAGAUGGUGGGCCGAGCGGGCCGCGCCGGCCUCUCCGGCGCCGGCGAGAGCAUCCUGGUGUGCAGCGCGCAGGAGUGGGCGGCGACGCGCGGCGUGCUGGGCGGGCGCAUGCCGGGCGCGCGCAGCGUGCUGUGCGGGGCGGGGCCCGCGCCGGCCGCGCUGGCCGCGCUGCUGCUGAGCGGCGCCGCGCUGCGCCUGGCCGCGCGCCGCGCGCACCUCGUCCGCCUGCUGCGCGCCUCGCUGCUCGCCGUCACCCACAGGGACACUAUAGAUGUGGAGGAGUGCUGCGACGCGGGCAUCAGGUCGCUGGUGCGGGAGGGGGCGCUGGAGGUGCGCGGGGGGUGCGCGGGGUGCGGGGUGGCAGUCGAUGACACCAGCCGCAUCGACGAUGACACCGAGCUGGUGGUCAGUCAGCUCGGCAAAGCUGCCAUCAUAGGGUGCAUGGAGGUGGGGGCGGCGCGGCGCGCGCUGGCGGCGCUGCGCGCGGCGGGCGGCGUGGUGCUGCGCGGCGCGGGCGCGCUGCACCUGCUGCACCUGGUGGCGCCGCAGCCCGCGCUGCGCCCCGACUACCGCCACUACCACACCCUGUACAGCAGGCUGGGGGAGGAGGGGGUGAGCGUGGCGCGCGCGCUCGGCAUCACAGACAACGUCGCUGUCAAAAUGAUCACCGGCAAGCCUAUCAUGAUGCUAAUAGAGAAGGUGGAGAAUUUGCGCGCCGACGCCGAGGAAGUCAUGGACGAGUUGAAGACUACUUGA